GGGGCGGCGUGCGAGGCGCGCAGGGCCGGGAGGCAGGAGCGCGCGCCGGUGGUGCACGUGGAAGGGCCGGGGGCGCGGAACAUGGGCUUAGCGGCUCGCCUCCCGGCGGUGGGACUUGGGGAUGCGCCUGCGCGAUUGCACGGCGGCGGAGGGAGCCGCGAUGGAGGGUAGUCUGGCUGUUCGCCAGAUAAAAAGUGAAGGGGAUUCAAGCCUUGCCACUGAGUUACAGGACGAGUUAGAGGAAAAUUCAAGUCCAGUUGUGGAUGAGAAUAAUAUAGUAUCAGCUAAAAAGCAGGGACCAAUUUCACAUAACUGGAGUGGUGACUGGAGCUUUUGGCUUUCAAGUUCCACCUAUAAAGACAAGAAUGAGGAAUACAAAAGACAGUUCAGACACAUACCUGAUACAGAGAAGCUGAUAGCAGAUUAUGCUUGUGCUCUACAGAAGGACAUUUUGCUUCAGGGACGACUUUACCUUUCAGAAAACUGGCUUUGUUUCCAUAGCAACAUCUUCAGAUGGGAAACUACAAUUUCUAUUGCUUUGAAAGACAUAACCUUCAUGACCAAAGAGAAAACCGCUCGACUCAUCCCAAAUGCUAUCCAGAUUGUCACAGACGGUGAGAAGUUUUUCUUUACAUCUUUUGGUGCUAGGGAUAGAAGCUACCUCAGUAUCUUUAGGUUGUGGCAGAACGUGUUAUUAGACAAGAGCUUGACCAAACUGGAAUUCUGGCAGCUGAUCCAGCAGAAUUAUGGCACUGAGCUAGGCUUGAAUGCUGAAGAGAUGGAAAACUUGUCACUGUCAAUUGAGGAAAAUGUGCAGCCAAGAAGUCCAGGAAGAAGAAGCUUGGAUGACUCUGGAGAGAGAGAUGAAAAAUUAUCCAAAUCAAUUAGUUUUACCCGUGAAUCAGCUAGUCAAGUUUCAGAGACAGAAUCGUUCAAUGAAAAUACACCAAAAGGGGGAUUAGGGAAAGAGGACCCCCAAAGUGAGGAGCAGAUCAAGAAGAGUUCUUUACUAAUUUCAGAGAAGAGGUUAAGUAGAGUGCCAUCAAAAUCGCUGGAUUUAAAUAAGAAUGAAUAUCUUUCUUUGGACAAAAGCAGCACUUCAGAUUCUGUUGAUGAAGAAAAUAUACCUGAGAAAGAUCUUCAUGGACGACUUUAUAUCAACCGGGUUUUUCAUAUCAGUGCUGAGAGAAUGUUUGAAUUGCUCUUCACCAGUUCACGUUUUAUGCAGAGAUUUGCCAAUUCUAGAAAUAUAAUAGAUGUAGUAUCUACUCCCUGGAAUGUAGAAGCUGGAGGUGAUCAGCUGAGAACCAUGACUUACACUGUUAUCCUUAAUAAUCCACUUACUGGAAAAUGCACUGCUGCCACGGAAAAGCAGACACUGUAUAAAGAAAGUCGAGAAGCACAAUUUUAUUUGGUAGAUUCAGAAGUAUUGACACAUGAUGUCCCCUACCAUGAUUACUUCUAUACUCUGAACAGAUACUGUAUCAUCCGAUCUUCAAAACAGAAAUGCAGGCUAAGAGUUUCCACAGAUUUGAAAUAUAGAAAACAGCCAUGGGGAAUUGUCAAAUCUUUAAUUGAGAAGAAUUCCUGGAGUUCAUUAGAGGACUAUUUCAAACAGCUUGAAUCAGAUUUAUUAAUGGAAGAAUCUGUGUUAAACCAGUCCAUUGAAGACCCUGGAAAACUUAAUGGCCUACGAAGGAGAAGGCGAACAUUCAACCGAACAGCAGAAAUAGUUCCUAAACUGUCUUCUCAGAGAGUUUCUGGAGAUGUGGGCUUAGAUGCCAAAGGGGAUAUUACAGGAAAGAAAAAGGAAAUGGAAAACUAUAACACCACUCUUAUUGUGGUGAUGAGUGUUUUUUUGCUGUUGCUAGUUUUAUUGAAUGUGACACUGUUUCUGAAGCUGUCAAAGAUAGAAUAUGCUGCUCAGUCAUUUUACCGUCUCCAUCUCCAAGAAGAGAAAUCUCUAAAUUUAGCCAAAGAUAUGCUGUCAAGAGCAAAAAAUACUCAAAAAAACAAAGAUCAAGCCCUUCGUCUAAAGGGAGUGCUCCGAGACUCCAUAGUGAUGCUUGAACAGUUGAAGAGCUCAUUCAUUAUGCUUCAGAGAACGUUUGAUCUACUGAAUAAGAACAAGACUGGCAUGGAUGUCAAAAGCCAGUGACCUUAAGGACUGAAACUAUGGACACAUGGAACGAAAAGAAAGCAUCAGGAAGAAAAAAACAAAG